GACCCCUCCCCUCCAGAGUGAGGAGGAAAACUCGUGGCUGUGCCCAGAGGAGGCCACAGAGAAGCAGAUCAGUGAUCACAGACAGGUUUACUGCAGCCUCACCAUGCUGGACACGCUCACCUUCCUCCUGGAGAAGCUCUUCCUCCUCGCGCACAUCAAGCUCUCCAGCCUGCUGCCUCCUCUGGGCGUAGAGUGCGCAGAGCCGCCGCCCACCACCAAGCGCUGUGACCGGGAGGACUCACCGCCGCAGCCGGACUCAGCCUCUCACCGGUUCCAGCGGGGAGACCUGCUGGAGGUUCCCCGGACUCUCUUCACCCACUUUGGCAUCUACCUGGGCGACGACCGGGUGGCGCACCUCAUCCCGGACAUCCUCCCGGCGCUGACCGCCGACAGCCGCCAGAUCCAGGAGAUGGUGACCAACACGCGGCUGCUGCUCGGGGUCAUCGCGAAGCGCGCCAGCGUGCGCGUGGACUCCGUGGAGGACUUCGCGUACGGCGCCGGGAUCCUGCUGAACGCCAUGGACCGCUCGGUGCGCAAGAGCCCGCUGGCCGGGGAAGAGGUGGCGCUGCGGGCGGAGCGGCUGGUGGGCACCGUCACCUACAGCCUGCUAUGGAACAACUGCGAGCACUUCGUCACCUACUGCCGCUACGGCACCGCGCAGAGCCUGCAGACCGACAAGUUUUGCGAGUGGCUGAAGUUGCUGAUCCGGGACCAGCGAAACGCCAUGCUGACGGCACUGCUAGGGCUCCUUUCCAUGGCUUAUAUGGGAAUAUCCGUCAGCACCGCCCUGCCAGCCUUCCUCAUCCCCUUCACCCUGUGGAUGGCGAGCUAGGAGCCGCCUGGAGCUGCACUUACUGUCAGCGUUCAAGCCUUACCGCUGGUUCAGAGCUCACUGAGCCGCCAUAUUGGAAGACCAACACUGUGGACGUAGUCUUCUGCAAACAUUUUAACUUUUCAAAAAACUUUUUAAAAUUGUACUUCACCAUCUGGUAGCUUUUUUCUGCUGCACAGAAAGUGAUUUGCUUGUUAUUUUUUCAGUUCAUUCCUUUUUUU